CCGACUCCGGAGACUAGACGUUGUAAUCGUUCUUACCGUUUGCUGUCUGUUGGUUUGGAGAGUUAAACUUCCUCGUUGAACCAUCAUGGAAAGCAGAGCUGAAGUCAGUCAACGCUCAGUUAAAAACGAGGACACCACUGAUAAACCACACAGGGAGUCUGACAAGCCACAAAAAGGACAUGAAAUGAAGAAGAAACGUGAACACAAAUGUGAAGUGUGCAGCAAGCUAUUCUACUUUCCAAAGGAUGUAGCCAGACACAUGCGGACUCACACUGGGGAGAAACCGUAUGGAUGUGGUGUGUGUAGAAGACAGUUUAGUCAGAGUGACUCGCUUAAAGGACACUUGAGGACACACACAGGUGAGAAACCGUACCGGUGUGAGGAGUGCGGUAAACACUUCGGUCAACCGAUGAACCUAAGACGUCAUAUGAAGACACACACCGGUGAGAAACCUUACAUGUGUGAGGAGUGCGGCAGGCAGUUUGGAACACUUACUACCCUGAAGAUUCACAUGCGGACUCACACAGGUGAAAAACCGUACCAAUGUGAGGAGUGCGGCAGGCAGUUCGGUAAGGGUACUAAUCUGAAAAGGCACAUGCGUUCUCACACCGGUGAGAAACCGUACGAAUGUGAAAAAUGUGGCAAACGGUUUGCUGGGUUGGGCAGUCUGAAGGUACACAUAAAGACACACACUGGUGAGAGACCUUACCAUUGUGAGGAAUGCGGUAAACGGUUCGCUCAGCUGAGUGGUCUGACGGUACACACAAAGACGCACACCGGUGAGAGACCGUACCAUUGUGAUGAGUGCGGUCAGCAGUUUAGACUGCCUCAUCAUCUGAGGGCGCAUAUGCGGACUCACUCAAGAUAGGA